GUGUACAUGGUCGUGCUGUCAAAAAUAUAAACAAAAUUAUUUAAACAGAAAAUGGUUGAAUGUAACAGGCGAAAAAUGUUAAAAGGCUCGCAAAAUAUUAAAAAACGUUUAGAAGAAUUACAUCAAUGGCAAAAAGAACAGCAAAGAAAUAUAGAAGACGAUCAUCAACAUGUGACUGAAUUGUAUCAAAAUGAAAAUGAGAUUCCUUCUAACUAUAAGGUCAGAGAAAACUGCAAUUACUUAGAUGAACCCCCAAAAAGGCGUUAUCUAAAAAGAGGAGAAGGCCUGAAAAGUAGGUUUAAAAUUGAUCCUGAUUCGUUACGUCUUCACAAUUUACCAAAAUACAAAUUUUCUAAAGCACAUAAAAACAAUUUAAAGUUGAAUGUAAUUUCUCAAAACCAAGCAAAGCAUGAAGUUAACAAAAAAAACUUCAAUAGGGAUAAGAAUCCAAAUAAAUUGAAUUUAAAACAAAGUUUAAAUGAAAAAAAUGAUUACAGUGAUGAAGCAGAUUCAAUUUGUGAAAGUUUUUCCGCAGGUCAAGAAUUUAAAUAUGUUGACCUUUCUAAUGCAACAGAAAAUAUAAAUAUGGGAGAAAAUACGAAGAUAAAAAAAAUAAAAUGUGAGAGUGAAGAGUUUCCACUCACUUGGGCAAAAGUCAUUAAUUCUUAUCAAGCAAACUCAUUUUCAAAGGAAAAUUUUCCUGAUUCAUCUCUACGUAUGUUAGAAAGAAAAUUUGAUGAUACGGAAGACACAAAUAUUUUAAGAGUAAUUAAUAAAACAACAAACAAAAGAAAUUUCAAUCUGAAUAACAGUUCAAUGGAAAAUUGGUUACAGGAAAAAGCUAUUGCUUUGUUUGAAAGUUUCAAAGACUCUAGUGAAAUAAAACAAAUAAGAAAGGAUGAAAAAUCUACGAACUAUCCGUUUCCUUCUGAUAAUGACGAUCAAUUUCUGACAGAGUUUGUUGAGGCUGGCAGUGAAAGUAGAACUUCAGAUUUCAGUGAAAACGAUAGUUCCACUGAUGAUGAACAUUCUAACUUGAAUAUAAAAAGUGACAUGCAAGGAAAUCAGUCUGAUAAAUGCCAUGUUCGCUUUUCCGAGAAUGUAAAAGUAAAUCAAGCAAAGAACGACAUAGAAAUAAGCAGAGAAAUUCCUUUUUGUAAUGAAAAGAUGACGAAUACCGAUUUUUACAAUAAAUCUGAAGAUUACUCUGAGUUUGAGAAAUUUAAAAAAAAUUUGUUUGACACAACACUUUCAAUCAACGAAAACACAUCUGAUGACACAACAUUAAUUGGUCAUUUUUUAGAAGUUCCUUUAAAAAAUAAUAUAGAAGAGAAUCGUAAAGACAUAAUAGCAAAAACAGAAUUGCUUAAGAAACGUUUGUUUGAACUAGAAAUUGAAAUAUCUACUUUUCGAAAAAAUAAUUCCGAAUUAUUAAAACUCAAACAAGAACACGAAUUAAAUAGAAUUCAAUUAGAACAAGAACGUCUUGAAAUGCAAGAAAAAUUUAAUGACGAAAAAAUAAAAUAUGAAAUUCACUUGCAUGAUGAAAGACUGAAUAUUGAAGAAGAAAGAAGAAAAUUAGAAAAAUGUAUGCGAGAACAGAAAAUUCCAAAUAAAAAAGAAAGAAAUGAAAUUUUAAAGUUAAGGGAGGAAGUAGAAAAUCUACAAAAGGAAUUAAGAAAUAAAGAUUCUAUUCACGUUGCAGCCCAAGGCAGAUUGCGCGCUCAGAUUAGAAAUUUUGAAAAAGAAGUGAAACUUUUAACUUUAGAAAUAGAAAAUUUAAAGAAAGAAAAUAAAAAAUUGGAAAGUGAAAAUGCGAGGAUGAUUAGACAAAAUAACAAUAAAAUACUUCAAGAAAUUAACAAGACUAUAGCUAAAUUAGCAGUUAAACCUAUAGAGUGUCCUGUUGAAACUACAAAUGUUAAUAAGCACUCUAAGCCCGUUUACAAUGAAAUCUCAUCACAAAAACAAAAACCUCCGUAUAUGAAUUAUGCUCAGAAAUUAAGCACGCCUGAAAUUCAAUCUUUUGAAAAAAAUAACGAAAAUUUAGGUAAAAACUGUGAUGAAAAAAACAAUUCUUGCUCAAGUUUAAUUGAUGAAGAAAAUAUUUUAACUGCCAAAAAAACCAUAAGAUUUAUCAAUGAUAAUUUCCCUAUGAGCUCAAAAAUAGUUGAGAACAGAAAUGAAAAUGAUUUUGACAACAAUAAAUUUAAAAGAGAAAUUGAACAUUCUGAUGGUAGUAAGGAUAUUUGGUACCCUAAUGGAAAUUUAAAAAAGAUUUCAUCUGACGGCAUGAAUAUUAAAAUGCUUUAUUUUAACAAAGAUAUUAAAGAAACCAACAUAUCUGAAGGAACAGUUCGCUAUUAUUACGCAGACAAAAAUACAUGGCAUACUACUUAUCUGGAUGGUUUAGAAAUAUUGGAAUUUCCUAAUGGACAGACAGAGCAUCGUCAUAAGAAUGGUACAAUUGAGGUGCAUUUUCCUAAUGGUUCUAUACGAAUAUCAAAUUCUUCCGAUUCAAAUAAACUAGAAGAGUGGAGAUAUGCUGAUGGGACGAGUAGUGUUCUUUUUAGAAAUGGUGAUAAAAUUUUGUCUUUCCCCAACGGGCAAAAAGAAAUUCAUACUAAAAUUCAUAAAAGGAGAGAAUAUCCCGAUGGAACCGUCAAAAUUGUUUAUCCCGAUGGAAGCCAAGAAACUAGAUAUUCAAACGGUAGAAUAAGAUUAAAAGAUAAUGAUGGCAACUUAAUAAUGGAUUCUUUAAAUAACUUUUGAUAUUUAAAUAUUUUAUUGUUAAAUUUAAAAAAAAACUAGAUAAUAUGCUUAUUCAAAUUUUAAUCAAAAAUUUUUUGUUUUUUGUGA